AUGGAUGGAACACUGGGUAACAGUGCGGCAUUCCCGAGAAUAUGUCUGAACGAGACGAGUGCAGUCGAGUUAUUCAUCAGAUUUAUGCUUGGCAAUCGACCGUGCAUUAUUGAGGCAUCAGCUACAGCACAUUGGGAAUGUCGACAGCAAUGGGUCAGAACUAUAAAUGGCAGAAGUACCAUUGAUACGAAUUUUCUGAUCAAGCACUAUGGACAUAUGGAGGUACCAUUAGUUAAACAGUGCAUCGAUAGGGUAGACGACAAUGAAAAGUGCGCAGCUGAGGGAUGUGCAGCUUCUACGACCAAUUAUUCAAAAGUGAAAAUGAUGGAUUAUAUCAAAGAUAUGGAAAUGGAUCCCAGGCCCAAGAAUAUUGGCUAUGCUAAAGACUGGCACUUUCAGCAGUAA